AUGUGCAAAGUUGUACAGUCAUACCCGAUGACCAUGGCAGAAUCAGUACCCAAUGAGGAAAUAUCGUUCCCAUUUGACCGUCUCCUGCCCGAGAUACAGCUCCUUGUGCUGGAAGCCGCCCUCCCGUCGCAGCGCAUCUUUCACGUCUCCGACGCCACCAAGAGCAGUUUCACUUUCUACAUUCGACACCCGCCACCUGCCGUGCUAUCCGUGUGCCAUAUGUUACGCACGGCCAUUUUGCGCCAUGGCGCAUUCCUCGAUGGCGCUCACGGCGCCUUCUUCCUGCCCGCCAUCGACAUGCUGUAUUUCGACCGCAGCCACCGUCGCCACUUCCACCGGCUACAGGCCUCGUCAUCCGCCAACGACCGCUGGGCAACCAUCCAGCACGUCGGGCUCGAGUGGCGCGCGCUGUUUGCGCGCACUCCGCGGCUCCGUCCAGGCGAGGACUUUGGCAGCGUGUGGCGGGCGGCACUUGCGCCGCUGCGCGUGCGUAUGCCAGCGCUGCAAAGCGUCACGUACGUGCUGCCCAUGGUGAGGCACCCGGGCGGGUUGACAUGGGGCCGGGAGCCGUACGGCGCGCAGCUGUUUGCCCCGGGGCUGGUGACGCUGCCGGAGGAGACCAAGGUGCCGUGGGGCGAUGCGUUGGUCAUGGACAAGGUACCGCAGGCGAGGGCUCGAGGACGGAGGCGGAAUCUGGAGAGAGUGGCGCUGACGGAGCUGCUGCUGGAUGGGCGAAAGAGCUACCUGGUGCCCUGGGGGGAAAUGAAACGUGUGAUUGAAGAGGCGUUGGAUAGAGAGAAGGAGGAAGACGGGGAGCGCAAGGAGCAGAGGGAACAGGAAAGUGAUUGGCAGGCGUACGCGCCAGGGCAGGACGAGGCAGAGUGGCGAUCUAUAGAGGCGAUGGCCAAGAAGGACUGGCCAAAGCUGGAUCUGAAGGGAUGCUGGCUGUUAAGAGAGAGUGCGUCGUAUGAUGAAGACGUAACCUCGUUUCCGAAUUAG